AUGGCUUUUAAUUUACCGCCAGAAACGUUACAGAAAAUCUUUGAUUAUAUAAAUGAUGAUGACUUUAACACAUUUCAAUCCCUAAUAUUAGUUAACCGAGACUGGUGUCAAAAUAGUAUUAUGCUGCUUUGGAAAAAACCUUUUCACAAUAAACUUCGAUUUAAAAAUCUUUACAAAAUCAUUUCAGUCAUCCUUGCAUUCCUUGAUGAUGAAAGGAAACAAUAUUUGAACAUUACCGACGCAAGGCUUGAAAUUCAAGCAAAGGUUUUAUUCGAUUACCCUUCAUUUAUAAAAGAGUUAAAUUUUAAAGCUAUCGUGUUCUUGCUUAAAGAAUGGAUUAAUAGAAAGGAGAAGAUUCGACCAAUACUAGCUCCUGAUUAUUUCACUACUCAUGAAAAAGAAUACAUAGCAAAGUUUAAUGAUUAUAAGUAUAUGGAAGUGAUCACUCCCAAAGCGCUCUUCAUAAAUCAAGAGAGGAUCGCAUUUGUUGAUGCAAUUUAUCAUGUAAUUUCUAGGAAUAAUAAUGCAUUAAAAUCUUUGAUUUUGGAUAAACCCUAUAUGGUUAUGUAUGAUAUGUUUAAACCAUUCUAUCAGGAAAUCAUAUCCUCGAAUCCAGGUUUUCUUAAUCAAUUGGAACUGAUUAAUUUUUAUUAUGAUAGGAAUUGUCCAGAAAUAUUAGAAGAAUUCUCAAAGAUAACAAACAACCUUAAAUCAAUUCACAUCGGAUUUCAAUACCAUAUAUCCGAUUGUAUGGGGGAGGAUGGGUUAAUACAGUUCAUUAAGUCACAAAAUAACCUUGAGCACGUGGCCCUUGAUGGUUAUGAAGGAAGCAGACUUGCGGACAUUCAUAAUUCCUUAAUUACUCAAGCUCAUUCUUUAAGAACAUUCAAAAUAUGGUUUACUGAUAUUGAUCUUAAUUGCUUGAAUUUCUUGGGAGAAUGUCAAAAUCUUGAAGAAUUGGAAUUCGGAUGCAUUGAUUUUUAUUCCGUGUAUGAAGGGAAUUUUCCUAAAUUAAAAAAAUUAAAAAUUUAUGAUCCUUAUUUUAUUGAUCAUGAAAUUAACCAUUCAAUACCCUUAUCAUUAAUCACUAACGUUGGUAAAUAUUUAAGCAAAUGCGUUUUCAUGGUGGAUUCCGAACAUUCAUUAAGUCUCAUUCAAACGAUAGCAACCUCUUGUCCGAAUCUUGUGUCGUUAACAUUCAGGAUUCAAUCUCGAAAUGAGUUGGAUGAAUUGAUUAAACACUUUGAUGAUAAAUUUCAAAAAUUGGAAGUUCUUAAAAUUUGCAACUAUUUUGGGGAUGAUGAUGAGUAUUGGAUGAUAGAUGAAUGUAUUAGAGAAUUCUUUCUAAAGAUUCCUAAGAAUGUUCGUAAACUUGACAUUUCCAAGUGGGUGAUUAACAUCAAAUUGUUGGAAGAUUAUUUACAUUGUAUUAAAAGACCUUUGAAAAAAUUUCAAUUUACUUUUCAUGGUGAAAUUCAUGAAAUAGGGAACCUUGUUAAAAAAUUUUCAAUAGAAAAAAGUUGGUCGAUAAAAGGGGUUGCUCCCACUUCGAGAUUCUAUUAUUGUCAUAUAAUAAAAAUAGAAUGGGAUUGA